AUGCUCGGAUCCCCCAACGUCGCAAUCUCCCCAUCACCUGCGGUGGACUUGGUCGUCUCCCACUUGGUCUUGUACUCUUUCUCGCCGGCCGAUAUAUUUGCGGGUAUUUCUUCUGCCGCUGGACUCGUUUUUAUCAUACCUGCUAUGCGAUCCGCAUCUUCUUCCGUUUCCUCACUUUCCCCCAUCUUCAAGGAGACCUCGCUCUCGUCCUCCCGGCCGCGGUACGGAGACCCUGACUGGGAUGGACGCAAAUACCCUAUAGCCGAAGAUAAGAAGGACCACCUGAAACUACUAAUGGGGGAUAGGAAGGACAGGCCAAGCCACGAUGAAUUUACGAGAUGGGCCGUUCAAGUCGAUGAGCCCUUGGAGAGAAUCCAAAAUUGGUAUUAUAACAGUAUUGCGGCCCCUCGAAGGGCUGCUACCCGCGCCUUCAACACUGCGAAUAAGGUGCUAGCGAAGGCCAAAGCUGACUUACAGGCUGAAAAGUCCAAACGUAGGACGGGCACUUCGGCGAUCCAGCAUCAUGCGAGGACUCUGGAGCUCCAGUCGGUCGUUUCCUUACAGGAGAAGGCGGUAAUGGAGGCGAAUUUCCGGUUGGAGGAGGUAAUGGCGGAGUGGAAGGAGCGGCGAGUGAGGAGGUAUUCACCGAGGAGGCCAAGGAUGUCCAAGCGAGGGAAGGCUGUGAAGCAGUAUGGAGGGGCUAUCGCUGAUCAGAUAACUGUGUUUGAAGUUGAGCCGAGCGAGGAUGAGAUGGCUGCUGUUACUGCUCUUCUCAAUCUGAAACAUGUAUGGGUUAUAAACCCAUGA